AUGAGAUCCACCGUCUUUACAUCAAUUCUCGCAUUGGCGGCGACGAUGACCAUGGGGUCGGCCGUGGCUCGGGCCAAGAAGCCGCCGUUUUUCUUUCUCAUCGGCGAUUCCACCGUGGCGGUCAAUGGAGGUUGGGGUGACGGCUUCCUGUCUUACCUCAAAGACCCCGCAAAGGGCGAGAACAGGGGCAAAAGUGGUUCUACCACCGUCUCGUGGAAGUCAAACGGCCGCUGGGCUUCACUCUUGCAGGGUAUCAACGACACUAUGGCAGACUACGAGCCAGUUGUCACUAUCCAGUUUGGCCACAAUGACCAGAAGAGUCUUACUUUGGAUGAGUUCAGGGCCAAUCUGGUUAAUAUCGCGACCGAGCUCAAGGACGCCGGGGCGACUCCGAUCUUCAUCACGUCUCUUACUCGCCGUCGCUUCGAAGAUGGCGAAGUGGUUCGAGAUCUUGCUGAAUGGAGGGGCAAAACGAUCGCAGCGGCAAAGGCCAGCAGCGUUAGGUGGCUUGAUCUCAACCUUGCGAGUACCGACUAUGUCAACGCCAUAGGGGAGGAAAACGCCCAGUACUAUAACCUGGCUAGCACCGAUAGAACCCACUUGGGGGAAGCUGGCGAGAUCGUUUUUGGCCGCAUGGUAGUUGACCUCUUGUUAGAGAAACGCAGCGAUCUAGACGUCUACUUCAGCGCUGACGAAGAGAUCACUGACGCUAUCGCGAACGGCGAAUUCGCUACAGGAGGCAAAUCCCAGGACCAUGGCACUGUGACUCGAGGUGUCCAUGGGCGGAACAUGAACCUGACUCUAAAAUGGGACAUUCUACCGGUCAACAGUCAACAACAAUUCCGAGGAUUGUCACCUGUGUCGGACCAAAUAGCCUGGGUGUCUGGUACAGGAGGAACGGUUCUUCGCACCACCGACGGCGGUGCUUCGUGGCAAUCAGUUGGUCCCGAAUUGUCGACCGAAGACGCCGACCUGCAGUUCCGUGACGUGCAGGCCUUCUCGGCCGAAAAGGCAAUCAUCCUAUCUAUUGGCGAAGGAGCGGACUCGCGCAUUUACAUCACGAAGAAUGGAGGAGAGUCUUGGACGCAGAGUUUCGCCAAUGAGGAGGCAUCGGCGUUUUUCAACUGCGUCGACUUUGAAGACGAUGAGAGGGGCAUUGCCGUGAGCGACCCAGUCGAUGGCAAGUUUCGAUUGAUUGAGACGCUCGAUGGGGGUAACACCUGGACCAUCGUGGACCCCAGCGGCAUGCCCUCUGCUUUAGAGGGCGAAUUCGGAUUCGCAGCCAGCGGGACUUGCAUCUCUACCGCAGCGGGUCGUUGGUAUCUUGCAUCGGGUGGCAUUGAUCCCGGCAGGAUCUUCCAGAGCGCAAACGGUUAUGAGUGGGAUGUCUCGAGCAGUGCGAUUGCGGGUGGUGCCUCGGCUGGGGUGUUCUCGGUACGAUUCAGAGACGCGCAAAACGGCAUUGCAACUGGAGGCGACUUCAACGUGGUCAAUGGUUCACUCCAUACAUCAGCAUGGUCCGAGGAUGGCGGAGAGACCUGGACCGCGUCGGAGGUGUUUCCGGGCGGAUACCGAUCGGGCUCAUCAUGGGCCCCGGGGCUGUGUGGGGUGGCUGUCGCAGUUGGACCAUCUGGCUCCGACAUCACGCUUGAUGCUGGAAAGACUUGGGUUACAUUUGACAGAGGCUCGUUCGACGCUGUCGAGUGCGUUUACGGCCGAGUCUGCUGGGCGUCCGGCUCAGCCGGAAGGGUGGGCAAGCUUUCAUUGAGAUGA